GGUAAGCACGUCUACAUCAUUCGCAAAGUCAGCGGUGGUGGCGGCGGCGGUGGCGGCGGCGGCGGUGGAGGCGGCUGGCAACCUUCGGGAGGCGGCUGGAUGCUUGGCGGCAGCGGAGGAGGCGGCGGCUGGCAGUUGGGAGGUGGUGGCGGCGGCGGCGGCGGCUGGCAAGCCGGUGGAGGAGCCGGUGGAGGAGGCUGGGACGCCGGAGGAAGCGGCGGAGGCUGGCAGGCCGGCGGAGGCGGCGGUGGAUGGCAGGCCGGCGGAGGCGGCGGUGGAUGGCAGGCCGGCGGAGGCGGAGGCGGCUGGCAGGCCGGCGGCGGCAGCGGCGGCGGCGGCGGAUGGCAGGCUGGUGGAGGUGGAGGCGGCGGCGGUGGCGGAAAGCACGUCUUCGUUGUGCGCACCACAAGCAAGUUUGGCGGCGGCGGAGGCGGCGGAGGACACGGCGGAGGCGGCGGAGGACACGGCGGAGGCGGCGGAUAUGGCGGCGGCGGCUUCGGCGGUGGUGGACACGGUGGUGGUGGUAGCGGCGGAGGUGGAAAACAUGUAUUCCUCGUCAAGACCACCACAACAAGCGGCGGGGGUGGCGGAGGCCACGGCGGCGGCGGCGGUGGCUGGCAAGCCGGCGGUGGCGGAGGAGGUUGGCAAGCCGGAGGUGGCGGCGGCGGCGGCGGAUGGCAAGCCGGUGGCGGAGGAGGAGGCGCAGGCUGGCAAGCUGGUGGUGGUAGUGGUGGAGGAAGUGGCGGCUGGUGGUAACCCAGCUGCCCAUAGCUUCACCAGCAAAUGGAAGAAGGAAAACGCUACUUUUCCGCCCUGUGUAGGGAGCCGCCAAUCGCUGCCAAACGCACAAGAUAUGGUGGAACCUUGCCAAAGUCCAACACCGACGUACCUCACUGAACUGCGAGGAAACUCCUUGUAUAUGAAUGUACAAAGCACAUCUUUCACGUUGACUAAUAAAUACAAAAUGCCAAAGAUGGCAACAUCGCCAAA